GUCGCGGCCAAUGGGCGACGCGGCCGCAGAUCCGCCCGGCCCCGCCCUGCCCUGUGAGUUUCUCCGGCCGGGCUGCGGGGCUCGGCUCAGUCCCGGAGCGCAGCUGGACCGCGGCACUCCUUCCUCCGCUUUCCCACCGCCAGCAGCUGAAGAGCCCGCAGCCCGGCGCGGACUGCCAUCGCCGCAGUCGCCCUCCGGCGCCAUGUCGCAGAACGGAGCGCCCGGGAUGCAGGAGGAGAGCCUGCAGGGCUCCUGGGUAGAAUUGCACUUUAGCAAUAAUGGGAACGGGAGCAGUGUUCCAGCUUCAGUUUCUAUUUAUAACGGUGACAUGGAAAAAAUACUGCUGGACGCACAGCAUGAGUCUGGACGGAGCAGCUCCAAGAGUUCUCACUGUGACAGUCCACCUCGCUCACAGACACCACAAGAUACCAACAGAGUUUCUGAAACAGAUACCCAUAGCAUUGGAGAGAAAAACAGCUCACAGUCUGAGGAAGAUGAUAUUGAGAGAAGGAAAGAAGUUGAAAGCAUCUUGAAGAAAAACUCAGAUUGGAUAUGGGAUUGGUCAAGUCGGCCUGAAAAUAUUCCCCCCAAGGAGUUCCUCUUUAAACACCCGAAGCGUACGGCCACCCUCAGCAUGAGGAACACGAGCGUCAUGAAGAAAGGGGGCAUAUUCUCUGCAGAAUUUCUGAAAGUUUUCCUUCCAUCUCUGCUGCUCUCUCAUUUGCUGGCCAUCGGAUUGGGGAUCUACAUUGGAAGGCGUCUGACAACCUCCACCAGCACCUUUUGAUGAAGAACUGGAGUCUGACUUGGUUCGUUAGUGGAUUACUUCUGCUUGCAACGCAGCUCACUGAAGAGCUGUUAGAUCCUGGGGUGGCCGUAUCACUUGUGUUUAUUUGUUCUGUAAAUGCUGCGUUCCUAAUUUAGUAAAAUAAAAGAAUAGACACAAAUGUUGAUCUAUAAUUAUACCUAUGGGAUCAAUAAGCAUGAUUAAUGUCUGACUGAUUAAUGUCUACUGUAAAAAUCUGGUAGUGAAUUUUCAUUUGAUAUUAGAUAUAAAUAUCUGAAUAUAAAUAAUUUUAAUAUACCAGUCAUGAUGUAUGUUGUAUUUUAAAAAUUAUCUGCAACCUUAAUUCAGUUGAAGUACUUUAUAUUUCAAAAGAAUGAAUAACAUUGAUAAUAAAAUCGCUACUUUAAGGGGUUUGUCCAAAAUAAAUAUUGUGGCCUUAUAUAUCACGUUAUUGUAGAAAGUAUUAUUUAAUUUAAAUGGAUGCAGGUUGUCUACUAAAGAUUAUACAUAACUUGCUAAUUGUUCGUAAUCAACAGAAACCAAGAUAGAGCUACAAACUCAGCUGUACAGUUCAUACACUAAACUCUUCGGCUUUUGCAUUAUAAGGAAUUAAGUCUCUGAUUAUUAGGUGAUCACCUUGGAUGAUCAGUUUUCUGCUGAAGGCACCUGCUCAGUAUUUUUUCCUCUUACCACUCUGCAUUGAAUUUAAUCUUCUCCUUUGUGCUCAACUUUUGUGUGCUUUUAAAAUCAGCUUUAUUCUAAGCAAAUCUGUGUCUACUUUAAAAAACUGGAAAUGGAAAAAAAAAUAAAUCUUUGCCAAAUCCUUCAGAUUACUGUAUUUACAUAUGGUUUAAAAUCAGACAUCAUAAUAGCUUCUUGAUGAAACCAGGACUGGUCCCUGUUUUGACAUUAUCUUUCCUACAGCAAGCUUUUUAGAAAGGCUGCCUGCCGCCUUGAUGUUUCACCUUUCCACGCUUAAUUUGGGUGUUAAAUCUAACGUUUUCAUUUGUAAAAAUCUUCGUUGAUACUACCUUGGAAGCAGUCAUCUCUUAAGUCUUACAUUUGGAGAAAGUGCAUGGCAUGACAUCAGAAUUCCUUUAUAUAAUUUAACCUCAGAAUAAUCUGAGAUCAUUUCAAAGCAUGCUGGUCAAGAGAAUUCCGUUUUUGGUUUAGAGCAAAUGUUUGCUGUUUGUCUUUCAUCACAAACAUCAGUGGAGUUUCAGCACCAUACAGAGCUCAGUGAACCCCCCCGUCACCAUCAAAGCACACAGCAAAGCCAACCACGUGUCCCCCUCACAGAUGACAAUGGCUGAACUCUCAGUGAAACCAGCUGUAUGGCUGGGCGCAGUGGCUCAUGCCUGUAAUCCCAGCACUUUGGGAGGUUGAGGUGGGCGGAUCACCUGAGGUCAGAAGUUCAAGAUCGGCCUGGCCAACAUGAUGAAACCCCGUCUCUAAUAAAAAUGCAAAAAUUAGCUGGGUGCAGUGGCACGUGCCUGUAACCCCAGCUGCUUGGGAGGUUGAGGCAGGAGAACCGCUGGAACCCAGAAGGCAGAGGUUGCGGUGAGCGGAGAUCAUGCCACUGCACUCCAGCCUGGGAGGGAGAACGAGACUCCAUCUCAAAAAAAAAAAAAAAAAAAACCAGUUGGAGAUACUAAGCUCCGGGACUGGGCCAGUGUGAUGGCUCCACACCUGUAAUCCCAACACUUUGGGAGGCCCAGGUAGGAGGAUCACGAGUCCAGAAGUUCGAGACCAGCCUGGGGGAGCAUAGCAAGACCGUCUCUACAAAAAAUACAAAAAUUAGCCUCAUGUGGUGUCACACCUGUCGCCCCAGCUACUUGGGAGGAUCCCUUGAGCCCAGGAGUUCAAGGCUGCAGUGAACCAGGAUAGUGCACGUGGCCUGAGCAAGAGCAAGACCCUGUUUCAAAACAACAACUUUGGGACUGGACUGCUUUAGACAGAUGGGAGACCAAGAAUCAAGUUUUCUAGAGGUGUUUUUCAUUAGAUUGUAACAUUAGACAUUUUAUUAAAAAUGAAACAAGU